UUUCUAGUAAUGAAGAAACUCAGGAAGAUCAAAUUUGCUCUAGUAGAGAAACAUGAGCUACGAAAAUACAAAUUGCUCUUUCUUCUUGAAUCUCUUCAAGCUACUACUUUUGCUGAUCUUUUAUUCUGCAGAUCUUGCUGCUUCAGUCUCUUGUCAAAGGGAGUGUGGAGGAAUCGCUAUCCCAUACCCUUUCGGAAUCGGAAAAGAUUGCUAUCUCGAGAAGUAUUACGAAAUCGAAUGUCGUAUUACAACUUCAAGAAAGCUUGUCCCUUUCCUUUCUGUAAUUAGCAAAGAAGUUGUGAGUAUCUCUCUUCCGAGUGGAGAAAGUCAUCUUGCUUAUACAAUAACUGAUCAAGAUCGUCAUGAAUCAUUUGGGUUAGUUCGUGUCAAGUUCCCGAUUACAUCCACGGGAUGUUUCAGCGAUGGAAAAGAGUCUGCAGGCGGAUUAAAAAUGAACUUCACGGAUACCCCUUUCUUCAUUGGCAGCACAAAUAGCCUCAUAGCGGUUGGUUGCAACAGCAAAGUGUCGUUGAUGUAUAUAAAGCCGAACAUGGUAGGAUGCGAGUUGAGUUGCAAUACAAGCAAAGACUCGCAUAGCAAUAGCAUCCCUUUUGUGGAAACGGGGUGCUCGAGCAACGUUUUAUCCUAUUCUCAGGACCAAGGUUGUACAGAAGAGACACCAGAAGAAACAGGAUGCAAUGGUAACGGAUGUUGCCAGGCAAGUCUACCUAACGAGCCUCAACAAGUUAUUGGUAUCAGAACAGAGAGCAAUGAUGGAAACUCGACAACAAAAGUAGUACCGUGUACAGUCGCCUUCUUAACUGAUGAAAUCUUCACUUCGCCGAAUGCGAUCAAAAGAGAACACUUACUUGCUAAGCGAUAUGCUACGAAUCGGAUUGACGAAGUAGAAGAAGAAGAAGAAGAAGGAGUAGAAGAAGAAGAAGUUGUGAUGACAAUAAACAGAGGCGAUUCUUGGAGCAUUGGUGUUACUGCUCCAGCCUCAGGUAUUGUGGCUUCACCUCCUCCUUCAGAUGUUGAACCAUUGUUUCCUCGUCUCACAUGGGAGGUAGUAAAUCUUUGUCUUACAGUGCAGAUGUACAUUGCCAAAGGCACAACAGAGCAAAACCAGCAGAUGUUGGUUGAGCAUUACAGCCCUCAGGGAUAUGCUGCUCAUGAUGGCAGUUGGAUCUCACGCAUUUCGUGGGCGAAGAUCCCACACAAUCAUAUGCGCUCAUUUAUGGAAACUUUCAUAUCCAUAAUGUACUUACUCGGAAAGAGGAUUUUUUCAUACAUUACAUACUAUGUCCCUCACUGUAACGCUCUGAACAAACCGAAGCAUUCAGAGGAGAAUGCACUUGAUCUCACUGUUUCAAGCUUAUGUCGAAGUGAAUGUGGAGGAAUCUCCAUCCCAUACCCUUUUGGCAUCGGUAAGGGCUGCUAUCUCAAUGAGUAUUACGAAAUAAAAUGUCUUAAUACCACUGCCUCAGGAAAGCCCGUCCCUUUUCUUUCUGUAAUUAGCAAAGAAGUUGUGAGUAUCUAUCUUCCUAAUGAAGGACAAGGUAGGCCUCAAUCAUUUGGGUCAGUUCGUGUCAGAAGUCCGAUAACAUCCGCAGGAUGUUCCAGCGAUGGAAAAGACUCCGCACCAAUAAUGAACUUGACGGGUAGUCCAUUUUUCAUUAGUGACAUAAACAACCUUGUAGGAGUUGGUUGCAACAGCAAGGUGUCGUUGGCUCAUAUAACGCAAAACAUGGUGGGAUGUGAGUUGAACUGCAGUACGACCAACGCGUCGGAUAGCAAUAGCAUCCCCUUUUUCGACAAAAUGGGGUGCUCUUUGUCUUAUACUUUCAGCCAGAUUUGUAGAGGAAACAAACCGGAAGAGAUGGGAUGCGAUGGCAGAGGAUGUUGUCAAGCGAGUCUACCUACAGAGAUUCAACAAGUUGUUGGUAUCAGAAUAGAGAGCAAUGAUGGAAACUCGACGUCGACGAUAAGAGAAGAUUGUAGAUUCGCCUUCUUAACUGAUGAAUUCUACACUUUGUCGAAUCUGACCAAACCAGAACAGUUACUUGCUAUGGGAUAUGCUACAUUAAGUCUAGGAUGGAUAAUCCAGAUGAAGAAUAGUUCCUUCCUCAACUCCUUGGCCUGCAAAGAUAGAAAAGACAUUGAAACUUCUUACUCUGUUGACCAUAGUAUAAAGUGUAUAUGUGACCAAACCAUAAGCACCAUUUCUGAUACUAGGUAUGCCAAUUGUGAAUGCAACAUGGGUUACAGAGGUAACCCAUAUGUUUUGGACGGUUGUGCAGAGUUGGAGAGGAUUUGUACUUCUCCGGAAGAUUUACAGGUGCAGAAUAGGAUUGACGAAGAAGAAGAAGAAGAAGAAGAAGUUGUGACGAUAGUAAACAGAGACGAUUCUUGGAGCAUUGGUGUUACUGCUCCAGCCUUUAGUAUUGUGGCUUCACCUCCUUCUUCAGAUGUUGAACCAUUGUUUCCUCGUCUCACAUGGUGACACUCAAUCAGAAACUUCAAGUAGUGGUGAAUAAAUUUGAUGUCCAUCUUCUUAAAACGUUUUGUGUAAUAAAUUUGUAACAUUAAUAAGUCUUGAGUUUUGUAUUAAGGAACCUGUGUUUGAGAUUAUGUUUUUUUGUAAAUUAAUUGCGAGUGAUGAU